GUCGUGAUGCAAUUGGCAGCAAAAUUCAUCUACUAUAACUCCACAGUUGACAGUAGCAUGAAACCUAAUGAAACCAUACAACAACGAUUUGACAAAGCACUGGAAGAGUUUUAUGCUAUUUGUGACCAAAUAGAAUCAAAUUUAGUUUUAGCAGCAGAGUGCCAUGGUCAAUUCAUUGACAGCAACAGGCACUUCCAGAUAUUGGUCGCCUCGGGAAAUAAGACAGAACAAGGCAGUCAGUACGGGCAGUAUCUCGCCACGGUGAAAACACAGAUCAGCUUUGCAAAGGAACUGCACGACGCCCUGCUAGAGUGUGUCAGCAGAAUGAGCACAAAGCAGUGACUUGAGGACACAAGUGCUAAU